CAGCAGCAGCAGCUCGACAGCAGCGGACAGCAUGCUUGGUCAGUGAAUCACAUGUCUGCACCGUUAUCCUCUGAUAUAAAUAAGAGCAGCAGAGGGACUGAGGCAGCUUCAGACGGUCUGGAGUCUCAGGAAACAAACAGAGGUCUUUCUCAUCAUUGCCUGCUGGCCCUUUAAGAGUCAGAGAGGAUGUUAAUGAUGAUGAUGAUGAUGAAGAAGAAGGGGUCGAAGUCUCUGGCUGUGGUGGCUCUCUUUCUGGCCUCAGUCAAUUGCAUCCUCCCUCCAUCAAAAGAAGAUCUUAACCAGCUCUCCAUCCAGGGUGAGAAGUAUCUGGAUAAACAGAUUGAAAACGCCAUUAAUGGAGUGAAGGAGAUGAAGAGCGUGAUGCAGAAAUCCUCAGAGGACCACAAGAAGUUUUUGGAUGCCCUGGAGAAGACCAAGCAGCAGAAAGAUGUGAGGAUGAGAGUUCAGGCUCAGGAGAUGGAGGCCAAGCUGGAGCAGGAGGAGGAGGUUUGUAACGAGACCCUGAAGGCUCUGUGGGAGGAGUGUAAGCCCUGUCUGAAGAACACCUGUGUUAAAUACUACUCCAGGACCUGCAGCAGUGGAUCAGGACUGGUGGGACGCCAGCUGGAGGAGGUGCUGAACAGAACGUCUCCCUUCUCCAUCUGGAUCAAUGGGGAGAAAAUAGACGUCCUGGAGCAGGAGGGGCAGCGACAGAACAAAGAGUUCAGGAACCUGGAGGACAAAUACGUUGAGAUGGCCGACGGCGUGGACAGCAUUUUCUCAGACAGCAUGAAGGUGGCUGAUCACGUCCACCUCAACCCCCCAGUCUUCUACUUCCCCAGCUUCCUGGGACCGUACACUCGCCACAGGAGAAGCAUCCGCUCCCUUUUCCACGAUCACUUCCACGGCUUCCAGAAUUUGUUCUCCCCCAUGAUGGGAAUGGGCAGGAACUUCCUCGGAUCCAUGGGCUCCAUGAUGGACAUCGACUCUGACACUCCUCCUAACGAGGACGGCAGCGUGAACGAGGAUGUGGUGAUCACUAAACCCUUUGGCAACGGCAGGAUGACCUGCAGAGAGAUUCGCCGCAACUCAGCCGGCUGCUUCAAGUUCCGCGAUGAGUGUCAGAAAUGCAAAGACAUCCAACAUGUCGACUGCUCCGGGAAGAAACCUCUGGAGGGCCCCCUGAAGGAGGAGCUGGAGGAGGCUCUGGCCAUGGCCGAACGCUUCACCCAGCAGUACAACAACCUGCUGAAGGUGUUCGAGGAGCAGAUGUUCAACACCUCCUCCAUCCUGGACCUGUUCAACAGGCAGUUCGGCUGGGUGUCGUCGCUGGCAAACAACACCGACAGCAAUGACGGCAUCUUCCGCUUUCAGACGGUGAUCUGCAGGGACACCGAGGAGAAGUCGGGUGAGGAGCAGCAGCCCGGAGAGACCGCCGUGUCCGUGCAGCUCUUCGACUCUCCGCCCAUGAACUUCAGCGUGCCGGGCGACAUCCCCUGGACCGACCCCAAGUUCUCCGAGGUGGUGGCCCAGGAGGCUUUGGACCGCUACAAGGAAACCAGCGUGUGA